AUGGAGGCGCCGCCUGGGGCCUCCUUGCCUUCACAGCCGGAGGGCUCCAUGCAUCCACCAACGGUGCAUGGAGUAGAUGGCGAGCCCGAUCAACUCUCCCACAAGAGGCCUAAAACCACCAAGCGAUCGUUUGCAGACACAGUUUCGGCCCAGCCCCACGGUGCCGAUGACGUUCCAACUCUAACUAAUACUGAUGAUUGGGCUUUUGAUGAGCUUGCGAUAGAAUCGGAUUCUGAGAUGGAUGACCAAGAAAUAGAGGACGGAUAUCCUCGCGUCAAACUCUCAAAAGAACUACGCACUGAACUAUGUAGACCCUGGAAACUUGCCUUGAUUGUGAAAUACCUAGGGAAGAACAUUAACUACAAUGUCAUGAAGAAUCGAUUACCAGUUAUUUGGGGUCUCCAAGGCAGACUGGAUUUCAUUGAUAUUGGUUUCGGAUUUUACAUUGCCCGGUUCGGUAAUACGGUAGACUACAUGCACGUGCUCUUAGACGGGCCAUGGAAAAUCUUCGACAACUACCUAGUGAUUCAGCGAUGGCAACCAGAAUUUGAUCCUCUCACCGCCAAGCUCUCGAAAAUGGCGGUUUGGGUACGUAUUCCUAGACUCCCAGUAGAAUACUUCAGAGAAGAUGUUAUAAAAAGUGUUCUUGAAAAUGUCGGUAAACCUCUUAAACUGGAUCGGACAAUCGUUGGUGUCGCAAGAGGCAGAUUUGCUUGGGCAGCGGUGGAGAUCGACCUUGACAAACCGCUUGUAACUCAUGUCUGGAUCUGUGACAAGCAUAGAGCUGUCGAAUACGAAGGCCUCCAUGUAGUUUGUUUCAAUUGCGGAAUGGUCGGUCAUCGGGAACAGUCCUGCCCUAAUGCAGUGCCUCCAACCGUCAACUUCACAGCUACGAACCCCAACAAUUCGCCGGAGAAAGGAGAUGAGGGGGAUACUGUACGUAACGCGACUGAUUUCAAUACGUCUUCCCCACAGCCACCGCGCAAGUAUGGUGAAUGGAUGCUCGUCACCCGCAAGUCCGUCGCCCAAGACAGAAACAAAGUCAAUAAACAACCGGCUCAAAAAACUGCACACCAAAGUCAUAAGGUAAAUCCCUUUGGACCACUGCAACAUGCGGACGAUGAAGGAGGUGAAAGCCUACCCCCGACUUUGGGGAGAACUACCGUCGAACAGACGAGACGAAACAAAGGUAAAGAUGCUGCCCCCAAUGGCCCUCCCAAGAGAACUGCUUCUCGUGUGUCGGCACAGGGUACAAGAACAGACAGGCAGCAGACGAAGGGUAAGGCUAAGAACUCUAAUCAUCUUAACACUGCUGCGACCAGUGUUCCCACCACGUCACAGCAACCUCCCAGUAUCCCAAACAAUUCUAACACGGUGGCGACUCAUGAAAGGAGCGUCCCAACCUCCACCACUUCGCCUUCUCCUAGGACAAGUCAACAGGUACGUCGUAGAGUUGUUCAACCUUCCCGUGGCCGUGGUGCCAGCCGGGGUGGUGGUCGUGGGGGCCGGGGUCAUGAUCUCAAUUAUUGCAUUGAUGAUAUUUAG